AUGUUACCAGCUAGCAGAUACUCGAGUAAAGCCCACAGGUGCAUUAGGGCCUUGAAAACAGUACAAGUAGACCACACGUCACCUCAGCUGUAUACCACAUUACAAAGACGGAGCUGCUCUUCAGUACCUACGCCUCGCAUCACCACACACUACACUAUACACCCCCGGGAUAAAGAUCCAAGAUGGGAAGGCGUGGAAAUGGAAAGAUUCGCAGAUGAGGCGGAUGUGGUCAUCGUCGGCGGGGGUCCAGCCGGUCUGUCGGCUGCCAUUCGCCUGAAGCAGCUAGCUAACGAGCAGGAGAAGGAGCUGCGCGUCUGCUUGGUGGAGAAGGCGUCGCAGAUAGGAGCGCACACUCUGUCGGGGGCCUGCCUGGAGCCCAGCGCACUCGAAGAACUCAUCCCGGAUUGGAAAGAACGAGGGGCUCCUCUCAAUACACCAGUGACUGAGGAUGUCUUCAACAUUUUGACAGAGAAGUACAGGAUCCCUGUUCCUAUGUUACCAGGUCUGCCUAUGAGAAAUCAUGGGAACUACAUCGUGCGUCUGGGCAACUUUGUCCGCUGGCUGGGCGAACAAGCUGAGGAGCUAGGAGUGGAGUUGUAUCCUGGUUACGCUGCUUCCGAGGUUUUGUUCCACGAAGACGGAAGUGUCAAAGGAAUCGCCACCAAUGACGUCGGAAUCGCAAAAGACGGCUCGCCAAAGGACGUAUUUGAGCGAGGGAUGGAGCUCCACGCCAAAGUCACGGUGUUCGGAGAAGGGUGUCACGGCCAUCUCGCCAAGCAGCUCUACAAGCAAUUCAACCUGCGAGAAAACUGCGAUCCCCAGACGUACGCAAUCGGCCUCAAGGAGGUGUGGACCAUUGAUGAGAAAAAGUGGCGUCCUGGACGAGUGGAGCAUUCGGUGGGCUGGCCACUGAACAGGAACACAUAUGGUGGUUCCUUCCUGUAUCACCUCAAUGAAGGAGAACCUCUAGUCGCGCUAGGCUUUGUGGUGGGUCUCGACUACUCCAACCCUUACCUGAGUCCCUUCCGUGAGUUCCAGCGAUGGAAGCACCACCCUUUUGUCGCACCCACACUGGAGGGAGGCCACAGAAUAGCGUACGGAGCCCGCGCACUCAACGAAGGUGGAUUUCAGUCUGUACCUAAACUGACCUUCCCGGGCGGCCUCCUGAUUGGCUGCAGCCCAGGCUUCAUGAACGUGCCCAAAAUUAAAGGUACGCACACAGCCAUGAAGAGCGGCAUGCUGGCGGCAGAGGCCAUUUUCCCACGAGUCAUGGCGUUAGCUGAGGGCGGCGAGUCGGAAACGGCAGGUCUUCACAUUCCCGAGUACACCGAGGCCUUGAAGGCGUCAUGGGUGUGGAGGGAGCUCCACAGCGUGAGGAACAUCCGUCCGUCAUUCCACAACUACUUCGGUUUGUACGGCGGUAUGAUCUACACGGGGAUCUUCUACUGGAUCCUUAGGGGCAAAGAGCCGUGGACGCUCAAACACUGCGGGCGUGACGCCGACCAGCUGAAGCCGGCCAAAGACUGUACGCCUAUCGAGUACCCCAAGCCCGACGGAAAGAUCAGUUUUGACCUGCUGUCGUCCGUGGCGCUCAGCGGAACCAACCAUGAAGGAGACCAGCCCGCCCACUUGACCCUUAAAGACGACAGCGUGCCCGUCAACAGGAACCUCGCCAUCUACGACGGGCCAGAGCAGCGUUUCUGCCCUGCUGGUGUGUACGAGUAUGUUCCCGUGGACUCUGGUGACGGCAUGAGGCUGCAGAUCAACGCUCAGAACUGCGUACACUGUAAAACGUGUGAUAUCAAGGACCCUAGCCAGAACAUCAACUGGGUGGUCCCGGAGGGCGGAGGCGGACCGGCCUACAACGGAAUGUAG